GGGCUCAUAUAGGAGGAGGCUCCCAGCAGAGCAGCGGGCAGUGAACGGCGGAGCGCGCACCGGACCAGCUUGUUAACUUGUCCCUUCCUUCCUCAUUCUCGGGCAUCUGCAGCCACAAACCGGACUACCGGGCAGACUACCGGCCACAGAGAGCCUCCAGCGGCACAGCAGACAGCCUCAGACCGCUCGUCAUCGUCUGUUUGACUCCGGAGACUGCGGAUUUUAUCCUUCAUCUCUUCCCGUGGAUACCGAGAGUGCGCACCGCCUCCCCGACACACGCAAAGUGUCCAGACAUUAAGUCUGCUCAUAUUUAUUUUACAGCUGGGAAAUAAAAGCCUGUGUCCGUGUGUCGGUCCCGCUGUCUUCUCUACACCCCCCUCCGGUUUAACUGCACCGGUCAGACUUGGAAAGAGCAACAGCCUCCACCGGCGCAUCAGUGAGGUAGAAAAGCCCUACAUCAAGCUGCAGCCAUGGAUGAGAUGGACCUGCCCCAGAUGAAGAAGGAGGUGGAGAGCCUCAAGUACCAGCUGGCCUUCAAACGAGAGAAGUCCUCCAAAACAGUGACUGAUUUGGUAAAGUGGAUAGAGGACGGCGUCCCAGAGGACCCCUUCCUGAACCCGGAGCUGAUGAAGAACAACCCGUGGGUGGAGAAAGGGAAGUGCAUCCUUCUCUAGAAGAAAACCCAUCAUCCCGCCACGACCUUCAACGCCAACCACGCUGACCCCCACACACCUACAGAUGACCCCUGAAGGACAGCGCCUCCUAACCUCUCACCGUGAAUGUACAACCGCUGAUGUCCCCGAAACACACACUCCAACAAGGGCAUAGAAACACACACUGACAGAGACACACACUCCAAACUUUGGGUUUGUCCCUGACUGCCACAUGUUCACUGCAAGUUUUAUUCCUGCCACGGCAUCGUUACUAUGAUAUAUGAGGAUGAUGAUGAUCAGUACUGCUAUUACAUGUCUCUGUAUGAUAUAUGAUGACUUAUUUAUGCAGCUGCCAGUCACACGCUUUCUACUCUUCUUCUUCUUCCAUUUCUGAUGAGUUGUAAUAAACUGUCGUCACGUUCUCACUGCCAGACUGACUCCAGAUCUGCUGGAGGAAUUCUGUUCAACACUGAGAUUAGGGUUGCAGCGAUAUAUCAGUUUCAAGGUAUAUCAUAAUAUAAAAGUUGACGAUUAUCAUACCGUGUACUUUAUCUGGGAUACUGGAAAACAAAGAAUCUUAACUUUAUUUUAGUUAUUUUUUGACUUCUUAAACAAACUUACGAUAACAAAGUGGUUCCAAGUUUUAAUUAAAGUAAUAAAACGUUUGUUCAACCAAAAACAAUCCUUACAUUUUCAUUAUUUAAAUGGUCAUUCUGACUGUUAAUAAUAUAAAUUCUGUGAUACCGCGAUAUUUUCUGAGACGGUUAUCGUACCGUGAAAAUCUCAUACCGCUGCAACCCUAACGGAGCAACCACUUUCCCUUACAAAAAAAAACGAUAAAAGAUUUCGUACUUUUUGAUUGAACGUUAGUAGCGCAGGUCUGUGGUCGACAAAUAACUUCAUUAACACCUCGUUAAAACUAAACAGUCCCUAAGAUUCUACAAUUAUUUAUAAUUAAAUGAAGAUCAUUGAUUUACUUUUACAGGCCCCAAAUUUAGAAAUCCAGAAAGUUAUAAAUCUAAAAAGUUAGUAAUGCACCUAACAAAUACGUAAGCUCGACAUGUAAAGGACAUUAAAGGGAUCGUUCAGAUGUUUUGAAGUGUAUGAGGUAUUUAUUCACAGACAGUGUAAUAUCUACAGUAGAUGGCAGUCGGCACGUCCCCAGUGUGGAGUACUGACACAGACGCUAAGCAAUGUUCUGCUGUGCACGACGGCAGCAGCAAAAUAUGUUUUAGCUACCUAAAAAAAUCGCUAGCAGUUUAAGCGUACGCUAUAUUGAGAAUAUUUUAGACAGCACUUGCCGACAGGGGAACUAAAACCUUUACAUCACCAGACAUUGACAAAAACAUUAAUUUUGCCUCGCAGAACACGGGAGUUGCUGAUCUACCGCUGCCUCGAUCGGUUAGGUCGUGUUAUAAUCCUUUAUAUUAUCUUUAUUCAUAAAACAGAGUUACAAAGUGCUUUACAUGUCAGUGAUUGAAACAGACGACACAUGAAAACAACAACUGAUAAAAACACUGUGGUAUGUUAAAACUGAGGGAAUAAAAGACAGUUUAAAUGAACGUGAAACUUAAGUCAAAUCAGAAAAGGCUCUCCGAUAAAAGUUUGAUUUAAGAACGGACCUAAAAGAGAUCACUGACUCAGCCGACCUGAUUCCCUAGAGCAGAUUGUUCUGCUCUGUGCUGAAGUGCUGCGUUGUGCUCCAGCGUCCGGCUAUAUCUCAGAGCUGCUACUAAUUUCAUUAUCGAUGAAUCUGAUGAUAAUUUUCACAGUUAACACUCAUCACAGUCUCCCAGAGACCAAAGUGACGUCUUUAAUUUGCUUCUUUUGUCCGACCAACAGUCCAGAACUUAAAGAGUCUUCAUGUAUCAUCAUACAUGACAAAGAGAAGCAGCAAAAACUCACAUUUAUGGAGCUGAAACCAACAAAUAUUUAAAAGUAUUGCUUGAAAAAUGACUGAAACGAGAAAUCGAUUAGCAGAUUAGUUUUCUUUUGAUCGACUAAUCAUUACAGCUCUACGAUUAAUGUGUCACUUUGGUGUUCUGAAGGGUUAGUUUGUACUCACCAAAGCCUGACAGAGGCAGCUGUAGACCAGCAGCUCCUGUGUUGUGCAAGUCUGGUGGCUUAGAAGACAGCAAAAAUAACGGCUUCAGUUCUACCUACGCUGUCGGUCGGCAAAGUAAAGUGGUAGAAAUAUUCUAAAUAUAGCAUACACUUAAACUGAUAAAGAUUUUUAGGUGGCGAAAAUAUGUUUUGUUGCAACCUCUGUUCACAGCAGUACAUUAUUUAGCUUCUGUGUCCUGUCUGCUUCUCCAAACUGGAGGCGUGCUGACUGAAAUCUACUGUACUUAAUACACUUUAACUUUAAUGAUGUUAACCACACACUUAGUCAACAAAUUAUGCCACUGUUACAGAUUUUUGAAGAUCAAAAGAAGAGCAGCUUUCUCACACAAGGCAUUUGAUCUGGUCCUCUUGUAAAUGCUGCCGUGAGAACACGAACCAACUCUAGGCAAUUAUACAACUUUGGAACAACAUGAGUCCCUGAUUCAGACCAGAGGAGACCACUCUCGGGCUGACAGCAGCCUGAGACACACAAACAGGGGAAAAUAUGGUCCAGGUUUAAAAAAUACCGAAGUUUAGAAACGUCACCACGACGGCAAAGUUGUGUUUUUUUAGAUUUCACUUGUAUCUUCCCAGUGUGACUCCUGCAGUUUUCAUAUAUGGUAGCAUGGUUAUAUCGCAUUCUGCACAUCUGCAGCCAGUGUUGUUUUUGCUUCGGUGUCAUUAGGUCAGAAAGUUUCAUAGCAGCUCUGUUUGUGUUGUCAGAGCAGAAUGAAGCUGUGGGUCUCUGGGGGACGGCUUCAGUUUACUGCUCCUGCUCCUCCAUAGCUACAGCCCCUUAGGACAACACACACACACUCCUAACAUCAAACAAACCAUGCACACACACACACACACACACACACACACACACACACCAUCUCUCUCCACACAUGUACAGACGGACCCCUUUAACUUAUUAACUUAUUGGUCAAUACUUGGGUUAUUUAUUUAUUUAUUUAUUGAUGACUCUCACCUUAGUUUUGUGUCUUAUGUCUGCACCCUCAUCCCCCAACUCGUAAGAAAAAAAAGACCAAAAAAAAAAAAAAGAAUACACCUUGCCAGAUCACCAUCUACUACUGCCUUGUACACAGUUUCCUUAAAACGAGAAUGUAAAUAUGUGGCAUGAUAACCACUGACCUCAGAACAGGCCUGUGUGUGCGUGCACGUGACUCUAAUUGUGUGCUUAUGUGUAUUUAUUUUUAAAGUGCAUAAAUUCGGCUCCCUUCUGGAUUGCAACAUACUGUACAUGCACACACAUGCAGCCAUGUAACACACACACACACACACACACACACACGCGCACACACGCACACACACACACACACACACACACACAGGCAGGCCUGAGGCUGAGCAGACACACACACACUGCUUAUUGAGAAUGUGUAUGAGCGGAGGAGUGGCAAGGAUGUGGGAUUCUCUAAAUGACUUGGGACAGGGGAGCCUCACAUCGUCUCAGUACUGUAAUGAGUCUCAUUAUAAACAUUUUCUUCAAGAUGACCCGGCUCCCUGAAGGCUGCUCAGUGCUCCGAUGACUCUGGUCCUAUAACGUGUAACUGCUAUUUAAUUUUCCUCUUUUUUUAAACUCAACAAUUAUAUCCAUGACGUGCUAAUAAAUUGUUUAUGUUUUUAUCAAACACGCUUGCAUCUAUCUUAACCUGCACCUCUUCCUUUCUGUAAAACAUGUACGACAAGAUUUCAUCCACUCCAACCUGCUCUCGUUCCCACGGCGUCAAAUACGGCAGCCUGGUCAGUGGCUCUCGGCUUCUGUUAGCAACGUACUAAACACCCUCACGGUGUCUGUUUACGAUGCCACAGGCUUUCAGCUAACUCCGAUGUAACCCCGUCUGUGGCAGUAACGUAGAAGUAAGGGGAUGAUCACACAGAAAUGAGAUGAGAUGCUAGAGACGCGGACGCUUUAAAGACGCUUGAAAUGCUGGAAGCGCUUAUUCAAUGUGCGCUAGCUACUGGCGUGUGACGCUCAAAAAAGUUGAAAAUAUUUUAACUUUUCAGCGUCUACGCGCGUCUAAAAAGACGCCGGAAAAACCCCUGUCUAAAAAGACGCUUGAACGCCGGUCAGACGCACCGUAUCAUAGGAAAACAAUGGUUUUACUGGCGUCGCGUUUCUAGCGUUUCAUCUCGGUGUGAUCACUCCCUAAGAGCGAGAAAGUCUGAGUACGGAGGCAGGGAGGGGUGGUGGAUGGUUCAAACACACACCAGACUUCACCCAGAAAUUGGUAUUAGUGUCCCAUGUAAAACCAAAAGUUUGGUUUUCUAAACCAAACUGCGUAGUUUUGUUACUUAACGUUAAGUAGUUUUGAUGGAGAAACCAAAAGACACUGUCGCAUGUAACGAACGAAAACUGACACUAGCGCAUCAAGGUUUGAAGCAUAUGCCCACUGACCGAGUGCUGGUAUCUGACAGGUUGGGAGUGAGAGCGUGUUGUCCAAACUUAGUAAUAUGUUUCAGAUUUAUUCAGAUACUUUUUUGGGGGAACAAAAUAAAAACUGCUAAUGUAAAAUUGUAGCUGAAGUGAAAGCCAGUGAAUUUAGGAUGUCCAGUACAACAAUAAGCCGACCUGGUUGCCAGUAUAAAUGUUGGCAUUGUACGUUACUGCAAACCAAGGAUAACUUAUAUCUGCGUGUUAUUAUGUAGUGGAUGUGUUAAAACAUUUUGUUUCAAAAACACAUUGGUAAAAACAAAUGUUUCUGUGGCACCACUCUCGCUAGAAAUGCAGCUAUGUCUCUGUUAAAAGAAAAAGCUGUUUGUGGCACGAUACCUGCUGGAAA